AUGACCGAUCUAAAUUCCCAAAGCCUGUUCUCGGUGAAGGGUUUUGUUGCUGUGGUGACAGGAGCAGGCAGCGGAAUAGGAUUCAUGAUAAGCAAGGGGCUUGUUGCAAACGGUGCUAAGGUGUAUCUUGCAGAUCGCAAUGCCGUGGAUGCACAGGUCGAGGAAUUGAAGGAGCUUGGAAAGCAAACGGGCGGGUCAGCUUUCGGACUACAUUGCGAUGUGUCAAAGAAGAGUGACAUCCAAGAACUAGCCCGCUAUGUGGCAGAGCGUGAGGAUCAUGUCGACAUCUUGGUGUCAAAUGCCGGCAUAAGGCGAGACCCUCCCAAGGGGUGUAACGUGCUUCAAGCGUCAUUAUCAGAACUACAGGAGUCGUUAUGGUCAUCACCCGACACGGACUGGAUCGACUCGUUUCAGACUAAUACAGCCGCGCAUUACUUCCUGUCGGUAGCAUUCAUGCCACUUCUUGAGGCUGCCUCCCGCCUUGACCUUGGCGAAGGGCGCGUGGGCAAAGACGCAGGACGAGGCGUAGUCAUCGUGAUGAGUUCCUGCGCAAGCAUGCACAACGCCACCAACGUCGACCUGACCAGCUAUGCAACAACUAAGGCCGCGACUGAUCAUCUUGUGAGGCUUCUGGCGGCAAAGUUCAACCGUUUCUAUAUACGAGUCAACGGCAUCAACCCCGGCUUCGUUCCCACCAAUAUGAAUAAAGUUGGCGAGAAAGACAACAUUUUCAAAGAUUUGUUUGACAAGGUUCCGGCAAAGAGAGCUGGCAACGAGGGCGAUAUCGUUGGAUCUGUGCUCUUCCUCGCAAGCCGCGCCGGGGCAUAUGUUCACGGCAUCAAUCUCUGCGUCGACGGCGGGCGUGUUCUUGUGGCUAAUGGACAAGAGUGA